AUUAGUAUCCCCCUAGACGUUUUCCACGAACGGAAGUUAAAUCUGGGGCGUUAACCUGAAGGACACUUAAAUUUGCUUCGUUACAUUUAAGAAAAGAAAAUCCUCUAAUUGAUGAAUCUCAUUUAAUGAAAGUUUGGAAAGUUUAUCUUCUGAAACAUAGUUAUACCUAACAAUACAAAAGAAAUGGCCGUAUCAGGACAUAAACAAGUAGACUUGCUAGGAUCAGUAGCAGCAGGAUCAGAAGAAGACUUUGAUCACUGUUGUGAGCCAUGUCUCACCACAGGUCAACGUAUAGAAGCUCACGGGUUUUGUGUCACUUGUCAAGAAUACUUUUGUAGUAACUGCCUUGGUUGUCACAAAAAGGCAAAACUUUCCCGGAAUCACUAUAUUCUAAGUAAAGAUGAAUUAGAUAAGUCCCAUACAAAGCAGCAAUCAUACAACGAAUGUACCGAAUUAUGUUCAGCUCAUAAAAAAGAAGUUAUAAAAUUUUAUUGCCCAUCCCACAAAGAGCUCGGGUGCAAUGAUUGCAUGACUUUAGGCCACAGAAAGUGCAAAAUUGAGUACAUACCUGAUAAAUGCAGGCGCAUUGCAGAGGGCAAGGAAUUCGAUGACGUCAUGAAAAAACUCAGCGGAAAACUUAAAGAAGCAGAAAAAAUCUCUCAAAUGGCUAAGGAAAGAAGUAAUGAUAUAAAUGAGUGCAAUAAGGAAAUAAUCAAAGCAAUAACAGAAUUCCGAAAAGAAAUAAAUGACCGCCUUGAUCAGAUGCAACAAUAUGUUUCAACAACUGCUGAAGGCAUAAAGACAAAGAAUAUUAAAAUCGUUCAGAAGGUCCUUGAAGAAUGUGCAAGUAUGAUUUCUGAUAUAAAAAGUCUGCAAUCAAAGCUAAAUGUAAGCAAAUCAAAUCAACAGCAUAGUCAACUCUUCAUUGACAUAAAAUGGGCUGAGUCUUCACUGAAAUCAAAUAAAUUAAAUGAUGCAGAAAAAUCUUUGAUAAAUACUAAUAUGCACUACUCAUUUGAGCGAAAUUCUGACCUUGAAUCAUUGUUAUCGAAAACAAGGGUCUUUGGUGAGAUUGUCAGUCUUUCUUGUUAUGAAUCGCCACAUAAGAUGAAAUCUGUUGAUCGUCUGAUUGGUAAAGAUGGUAUCAAUGUUAAAACUUCAACAGAUAAGAGGGAAUGUUCUAUUACAGGAUGUGCAGUUCUCAACACAAAUAAACUAGUUCUAGCGGAUUACAACAACAAUAAGAUAAAAUUGGUAUCUAUAGAGAACAGACGUGUACAAGAAGAGAAAGCUCUAGACUCAGGGCCAUUUGAUAUUGCUGUUAUGUCUCAGGAUCAGUUCGCUGUAACAAUGCCGGGAAACAAAGAAAUAGUUGUCAUGACAACAUACGACAAGCUAUCAUGUGUCCGCAGUAUUAAAGUAGAUAGGCAAUGCUAUGGUAUAGACUUUAACCAGGAUUGUCUUUAUGUUGCAUGUUUGUUUCCUCCUAGUGUGAUUGUACUGAAUACACAAGGUGAUAUCCUCAAUAACUUCCCUCUGAACUUUCUUUCACCUGACUAUAAGUAUAUCCUGUAUAUUGCUGUGAGAAAGGAUUCCAAACUUCUGUAUAUUAGUGACUGUAAAAACGACAGUGUAGUGAGUGUUUCAUUACAAGGGACAGUUACAGCUACAUAUAAGCAUACAGAUCUUAGUGCACCACGAGGAAUGUUGAUGUUAGAUGACGGGUCAUUACUUUUCUGCUGUUCUAAUAGAACAAUUGAGAAAGUCAACGGAAACUUGAAACAAGGAAAUAUUAUGUGUCAUGGUGUAAACAAUCCCAGGUCAAUAUGCUACAGUGCCCACCAUGAUGAAGUCUAUGUUGGUUGUGGGAGUGACAAGCUGAAAGUUUUUGGCUCAAAAUGACAAAUUAAGAUACCGUUUGACUUGUAAAUCAUUGAUCACUGAUUGCUAUUCAUUGUUAAAUGCCAUUCAAAAUUAUAUGUUAUAUUAUAUAUAUUUUAAGUUUUGAACCUUAAAAUAUUUUCUAAUAUUUUAAUUUGUGAACUUAAUAUAAGUUGAUUGAAAUUUUGUUAAAAAAUAGACUGAAAUGAAUAUUCAUUCUUUUUGCACAAAAUGACAAAUUUAGAUACCGUUUGACUUAUAAGUUAAUGAUUACUGUCUGUAAUUCAUUGUUGAAGGUCAUAUAAAGUUAAAUAUAUUUUAACCGUUCAACCUUAAAAUAUGCCUUUUUCUAUACAUUCCAAUUUGUUAUCAUCAAUAUGUGUCAAUUGAAACUAUAUUAGAAACAACACUGAAAUUAAUGUUCAUGUUUUUAGUCAUUUGUACAGCCUAUAUAUCGCUUACCUAAGAUUAUUAUUCAAACCAUUAAUUAAAGACAAUGAAUAGUAAAAUGGUUGCAAGGUUUGCAUGAAAAAUAACGUACGAGAGGUGUGAUAUGAGGAUAUGGAAAGCAAUGAAUCACUUUGUGUAAGUGUUCACUCAGACAAAAUUUAUGUAUAUGCUGUAUUUUUGCCUGAAUAUUUAGUUGCUGUUCUUUUUGCAGUAUGGAAAUUUCGAAAUGCAAGCACACAUACGACAACAUUCAAUUUUGUCGUAAUUUCGUGUUGAACAUUUUUGUGACAAAGUCGUAUAAACUACAAAUCAUGAAAGAUUUAUACUACUUUGAUAACACUUUUCUUAUUUCCUACUACUAGAUUGUGGGACAACUACACAGCUUUAUAUAUUUUUUAAGCCCGUUAAAAUAUUUGUAUGUCUAUAUAUUCAUUUUCUGAUACCCUAAGCAAUUGAUUCUAAUACAUUUGAACCGUUUUUGUUUGUCUAAUAUAUGACACUUAAUGCUACUAGGCUGCUUGGCUAAUACAAGUUUUGAAACAUCUUGAUAUUUGUCAUCCUUUAAAUUUUAAAGAUAUCUUAAGGCCAAAUUGUUGAAAUUUGCUGAAAUUGUCAUACUUUUUAUUGACUUGAUUCAUCUCGGACAAAAUAGUACUUAAGACAAAGUGGACAUAAUGAGUACUUCAAAUAUGACAUUGACCGCUUAAUGACACUGACCGUCAAGGUAAAAUAUGCAAUUUGAUAUUUUUAACAAGAAAACUAUCGCGUUUCUUUUUCCGGUAGCAUAUACAUUCAACAUGAUUGUUAAUCAACCUGUUAUUUUUUGCGAUGCUGUACACAAUAAAUUUUCAUACAUAUCAA